GGCGGCUGAGCUGAAGCUGGAGGCACUGACCCAGCGCCUGGAGCAGGAGAUGGAUGCUCGGCCGAAGGCCGAUUACUUCGGCACCUGCGUGAAGUGCAGCAAGGGGGUGUAUGGAGCAAACCAGGCUUGCCAGGCCAUGGGCAACCUCUACCACGAUGGCUGCUUCACCUGCGGAGCCUGCAGUCGAAAGCUGAGAGGAAAAGCCUUUUAUUUUGUCAAUGGCAAGGUGUUCUGUGAAGAAGAUUUCCUGUAUUCUGGUUUCCAGCAGUCAGCUGACAGGUGUUUCAUUUGUGGUCAUUUGAUAAUGGACAUGAUCCUGCAGGCUCUAGGGAAAUCAUAUCAUCCAGGCUGCUUCCGAUGCGUGGUCUGCAACGAGUGUCUGGAUGGAGUGCCAUUCACUGUAGACUCUGAAAACAAAAUCUACUGUGUCAGAGAUUACCACAAAGUUUUAGCUCCAAAGUGUGCAGCGUGUGGACUUCCCAUUCUGCCCUCUGAGGGGUCUGAUGAGACCAUUCGGGUUGUGUCCAUGGACAAGGAUUACCAUGUGGAAUGUUAUCACUGUGAGGACUGUGGGAUGGAACUGAAUGAUGAAGACGGGCAUCGCUGUUACCCGCUAGAUGAACAUUUGCUUUGUCACUCCUGUCAUCUGAAACACAUAGAGAACGGCACUACCCCAGCAGCUGUGUACCAGCACCACUACUAGCCAGUGUGGCCGACAUGGGAAAGCCCAGACAGAAGACUUGUUACGUGAUCUCCCUCUCCCCACCCUCAGCUGAUUUCCUGUGCAUGUUUUUCGCCAGUCGGCAAUGUUCCUGUAAAAGGAUAUGAGAGAUUUUUGCUGGUUUCCCAGAGUCUGUAUGCUUGUGAGUUCCAGCUGUAUCAAACCAUGUCUACUUGACCAAGAACGUGGCAUGUUAUCUGAACUGAUCGGUUUACUUUUACGUGCCUUUUUCUGCUCUCUGGAGAUUCCUCUUCGCUCAUUUCAGAAGAUUCUUCAGUGAAAGCACAACUUGCUGUCGUGCCUAUGAACUCAGAUCGUGCCAUGCCCAAUUAAAAAGCCAGAGGCUGGCUUGCCUGCCUGCCUGCCGGAGACAUCCCAUCAGUCCACUAAGUGUUUCCUGACAAGCACAUUUCAUCAGAUUCCCUGAAGGACAUCAAUCUAUUAAUACCAGUUUUUAGACACUCUCUCUCUUUUUAUUAAUUCUUUAGGAAAAGUAAAGAAAGGGGUCCGUGCAAAAUGGCGUGCUCAGACCUUCCAGUUAAUUCCCCGAACUCGGGUAUCACGUCUGGCUGUAAAAGCACCAACUCUCCAAGCACAAACCAGACGUGCUGGCUGGCAGGUGGAGGCCAACAUCCCAUUUCAAAGCGAACAAAAAACUGGAACAAGCUAGGCUAAGCUACCCCGGUGACUUGGGGCCCAGGCUUGCGUGUCAGCAUGAUACGCAGGGGCCAGUCUGCUGUGUCAGAGACUGAAUAGCGGAUUGUAUUUGGAAAGGAAAGGUCGGCAUGCUGAAAGUGUGGACACUGGGGAAAUCCAGCCGUGUUCUUGCUUGCAGAGCGUGCUUUGGAAAAAAGCUCUCCGUACACAGACACUUGCCUGAGUUUUUCAGCUUGUCCCCACAGCUCAGCCCCCAGCCUGGCCACUCCUUGCCGUGGUGUUCACCCAGCACAAAGCCAUUUCAUAACGGUGCUUAUUUAGAGCUCUGGGAACAAACUCGAGAUGGUUAUGAAGGCUUGUAAUGGAGGCUUUGUUACACAGGGAUUUAGAGCCCAGCUCCACAACCUGUGCUCAAAUGAGUAUGUUGGUAUAAACAGAUUUGCUCCCAUGAAUAACAACAGCUUAUCUGAGCAAGGGGUUAGUGAGUUUGGUCCUUGCUUUCUGUUCUGCUGAGAAAGCAGAAAAGCAGAUCACUUCUCUUUUUGAACCCCCCUGCUUUAUAGUCAGAGAAAUCUGCUCCCCCGGUAUGUGUUACAUGUAAGAUAGAUAUGCCUGCAGUGCAUGUUCUGUAGGUACCAAAGCUGUGCAGCCCCUUGUGUACAGGUACAAAGUUUUUGUUUAAGAAAAAGCUUUUAAUUUAAAGUCUCGGAUGCAGUCAGGGAUCUUAGCUACCCUUUCCGACAUAUUGUGUGGAAAACUAGUUAAAUCCUAGUUAAAUCCUAAUGUAUCCAUGCUAAAGAUGUAAAUUCAGUUGAUUGAUAGAGGACAGGAUGACAUUCUUGAAGGUCUUUUUAGUGAGGAAACUACAAUAAAUUAGCUGAGCAGUGGCACUGGGACUCCUGACAUGAGCCUGUGCCAAGAACCCACUAUGGUUCAACCAAACCUCUUUUCCCAUAGCAUGAAUGUAGCUAGAUAGGUGCUAGAACUUCACACCAUGUAGUCAGACUGCCUCGUGUACCCAUCUGGAGCAGCACAGGUGCCGGCUGCAGCAAGCUGCCUGUCUCUGCCUGUGCUAAUAAAUACCACGGGCCUCCGUUUUGAGUGGUGCAAGUUGCUGCGCUAAGUAUUAAACAGAGGCACAAGCAUCUACUAUGAAACGGAUGAAGACCAGUGGCCUGUUAGCAUCCCCCUACACGUCUGUAUCAGCUUGCCUCGGCUGAAGUGUGAACGUCUGAAACUGCCCAAGCCUCGGAAGCUUGGUGGUUUUGGCGUGGAGUUUCAUUGGGUUGGCAGACCAUCCAGCGUUCUGCCCCAUCCAGCUGCAAGCGCCUCCACCUGUUGCUGCUGCUCUUCAGGGUGGGGACAGCGGCUGGAGUUCGGGGCCGCACUGGAAACCAUCCAGAGCCCCAGCUUUCAUGUAGCUUGGCUCUCCGGUGCUGUUUCUCCUGGGGACAUGCAAGCCCUCAGUGAGUGGCCGAAAGCUCAAGGGGGGGGACUUUCCCACUGCAGUAUACGUGGCUCUGGGGCAUAUAUAAUGUGGAGAGUUUUAUCUGUGAUUUUAGAGGAGGUAAAAUUGACCCCAAAUAUGUGAGCUCCCUGGAGCCUUAAAUUUGGCCUCCGAAUGCUGGAUAGCAAAGGGAUGGGAACCGACAUAAAAUAUAACUGGUGCUGUAUCCAGGCAAUAUGGACUGGGGGCAACAAAACACCCAGGGCAGAUCCUGCAGUGCUCUCACCCCGGCACAGUGUGUCAGCUUGUGUCCUGCAGCACAGCUGGGCACGGGGGGGGGUGGGAGGUAUCUCAAGAUGCGACUAUGAUCUUAGGACUGUCUGAAAGGACUGAAGUGGGAAAUAACGCCAGCUGAGCGUCCCUGGUAAAUAAUUCAGAUAGUUCUGGGCAGGCGGUUCCCCUCUCUGGGCUUCUUUUGGCAGCGAAGACAGUGAGAUAUCAAAGUGGCUUCUGGAAAUGAGCUGGAAACACCAGCCCUGAUCUGUUGUUCUGUCUCUGAGAGGCCAGCUACUACAUGACUCAUGCUUUUGCUAGCUCUUGAUUUUUAGAGCAGCCCCUCAUGCACAUUUUCUGGCCUUGUUUUGGGAAGAUUUGAAAACACUAGUGGGGCUGAUAUUUUCUUUUUAAGCUGCAGUUUAAACUACUGUCUCACUCUUGCAGCCUUACCAACAACCCCAAAAUAAGCAGGCAAGAAGGGGAGGGGGAGAAGGACAAUUUUCCUUCAUGAAAAGCCUCGAGCAGCCCGUUUGUGGAGCCUCCUUUGCAUCAACAGGAGGUUGAUGCUCCCACAAGGUGUCUUGUUACUCCUAUCAGCCAUCCCAUAUCCCUCAGUGCUGGGGAAAUGAAGGCUGCCCUACUUUCAGUUUUGAGGUCCAGUAUAAAUUAUUAAGUGUGAAUGCUCUCCUUUCCUGUAUUUAUGAAGAGCUAGAAGCAACAAUGUGAAGCUAUUGAAAAUGGACCGCGUGAGUUGGUGGUUUUGAAGCUAAAGUGUCUGCUGCAUUGCCCUGCUCCCCGAUGUGUGCUAACUUGCACCGCUUUUAUCUUUGGGAGUUUGAAUUCAUUUAAGCUCCUUAUUAUUCCUGCCUUUUCUCCUAGGCUGUGGGUGUCUGAGUCCGUGUUGAUUGUCCCCAGCUUGUCCCCCACUCUGCAGCUGCCUGAUGGUGGGUCUGGUGGGGAGGCAGGGACAUCGUGCACAGAGGAGGCUUCUCCUCCUCCUGACCCCCUGCCAGGCAUCUGUGGAGCUGCAAGCCCUCACUGCCUGCCUUCAGGCAGCUCCCCCAAAGGCAAAAACGGGCAGGCCGGUAACUGGAGCUGGAGGUGCAAGGCUUUUGCAUGCUCUGCAGAAGAAUUUAUGAAAACGGGUUAAAUUCUGCCUGUCACCUGGCUGAUACGCAUUGGGUUUUGCUGUUCACAUGAACCUUGUUGUCUUUUUAUUUAUUAAGAUGCUGAAACGUGCCAUGAAAAGUUAGUCUUAAUUUCUCCCCCAGCAUGCUCUUCUAACUGGUUUUAGGGUAAGGGACCCUUGGAAGUCCCAUUGUGCUGGUAAUGAGUAACUCAAACGCAAAUAGUUGUUAAGUGAAUUCCCUGAAACUUGCUUUCAGGAGCCAGAGCUUAAUAGAUAUUUUCUUUCAGAUCAUGCUGUUAAAUUUCAAUUGUUUAGAAUACAGAAACUCACUUAAAUAGGGAUUUUUGCAUAAAAGCCAGGGGAAAAGCCCCAGCUAUAGAAGCAGCAGACAUUUUUGUGUCAUUUAAAGUGUAAGAAACACCUGUGAUCAAAGUGAUUUAGGAAACUGCCCUGAUGUUAAAUGCAGGGAACAGCAUUUUCAAACACCCUGGUGAGGAGUGUUUGAUGAGGUCUGGGGCUCUUCAGUUUCUGAGUUUAAUUUGGGGGCUUUUAGAAUGUUUUCCCAGUUUUUCAGGGUUUAAAUGAUUUUUUUGUAGAUCUUUUUACUGCAAAGUGAAUAGCUCCUUGGUCUGGAAACGGUGGAGUCUCAUCAGCAUCAGGUGUGCUAUGGCAGAUGUGAAAGGGGGAAACUGGGCUCUUAAGAGCUGAUACAGGUCUGGCUGGCUGUUUGAAAUGAAGGGGUAUCUCUGGCUGCCGAGAGAAGAAAGUAAAUAUCUUCCUGUGCUUUCUCCUUGUGCUGAUUUUUAGCACUGGGCAAAUAUUUGGCAUCCCUGAAUUUCAGUAUUCGGAUCUGUUCAUAAGCACUGCUGUGACCUCCUCUCCCUCCUGUGAGUUCACAGCCCUGGGGAGGAUCACAGGCGCACUCUUCCUCAUGAAUUUAGUCCUGAUUUUGCACUCUGUAUUUCCCUGGAAAUUUUACCACUUUAUUAUUUAAGCAACAGCAAAACCGUGUCCUUGCUUAAAGGAAACUGGACACACGCUCCCCAUCCUUACUUGAACGCUUUGACCUGAUCCUCCAAAUUACCUGAAUAUCAGCCUGCUGUUGGUCGAUGCAGUGGCAGCUUUGUACUCUGUUGCGAAGAAAAUCGCAUGAAGGACUCUAUCUGCAUUGAACUUGAAGUGCACAGGCAGGCAAUCCCACUGAAACCAGUAAGGCUGCGCACAUGAAAAUCAAUGUGUGUGUGUAGGUCAGCGUUGGAUCAAGGGCAGAGUGAUUUUAUUACAGACAAGACAUACCUGGGGAUGAAUCUGCGGCAGUGUGAAAGUUGCCUUGAAAAGAUCGCUGAAAUGGACUGCCACCUUUUUUGUUCAAUAAACAAAAAUAAUUACUGACGCAGUGGGGAUGCACGGGGAAAGAAGGAUGUGACUUAAAAAAUACAGCAGCUGUAGGGAAAAGAGGGCAGGUGAUUACAGAGAGCAGGGGAGAAGGUGGCACGGAGGGGAUUUGCUUUUGUUUGUUGUAUUCCUGGACAUUUAUUAGAGGGGGUUUUGAGGGGAAGUGCACCUGCGUAUGCUGGUCUGGACCGUGCUUCUCCCAUGUCGGCCUCGGCUGUGUGCUCUAUGCGGCACGUGCUGCCUGCGAGAGACCUGCCUUUCACGCCCCUGUGCCCAUGCCAAGUGUUCGUAGAUGCAUUUUGAGCAACCUUGAAUGAAUGUAAGGACAAGUUGACCCAGGUUUACUGCUGGAGAAACAUCUCUGGAGUCAGUACCUGCGGGCAGGGAAGGGCUACGGCCAGAUACAUGUCCCUUUUCCCCCAUCCUCUGACGCUGAGUGCCUGCGUCGCUGGGAGAAGCUGGGAGGGGAUUUGCCUCUCUCAUUGCACUGCAUUUGUGCGUUCAUUUUUCUUUUCCGUUUCUGUGUCCUGCCACUCGGUGGCUGCAGUGGCACUAGGUGUACUUACUGGAGCCAAUCUGGAGCCAAUCGGGCAGGUGUCUUCCUGCCGUCAGCCCAGACAGAGCCCUGAGCUGCUCACCCAUCCUAAGGAGAAGCAAAAUUAAGCUUCUCUGAGCAAUAAAAAUCCUCACCCUGCUUUCUUCCAGGGCAGCCAGAAGCUCGCGUGGCAAUAUGCAUCAGUAGCCCGCUAAGACAAGAUGAGAGACGGGAAGAAAAUGUCCCCAUGUGAAAAUACGUGGUGUAGAGCCCCUGAAGGCAGAUGACAGGGAUGCCCCGUGGCCCCAGUGCAGGGAUGACCGGGCUGCAGUUCCCAGCCCUGCUGGCACCGACCCUCGUCCCCACGCAGCAGGUCUGCGGUGCACGGCCAGACGGGGACCCGGGUGCACACAUGCAGGCUGUGGCUUUCUGUAUCUGGAAAGCAAAUCCAGAGCCUGGCUAAUGAUACUGAACGGUACUAAUUAUUUUGUUUAUGUUUCCUUCAAAGCUCAACUCCAGGAGAGAGUAUUUUAGGAUUUGUGCUGGUGUAACUAACCUUAGCCACCUGUGAACACAGCCCUCUUUUCUUCUGUGCUGUUAAAUAUUUAUAAAGAACGAGGGCUGGCAGCGGGGGCAAAGCCGCUGGUCUGUUGUGAUUUCAGUGAUUAAAGACAAUACUGUAAAGCA